CCUGUGAAAGUAGCCUCUCCAAAGCUGCACUGCCCACCCUCCCCAUGCCAAGGGUCCCGGGCACAGCACCAUGCCACACUGGGAAAACUCUGCUGCGCUGUACUCAGCAUGGCUGCGUCCCCGGCAUAGACGGCCUGCAAGAUGGAAAAUUUCGAGUACAGCAUCCAGUUGAACAACCGGGAUUGGACUGAAUUCUACUUGGCCUCCGAGGAAUGCAGCUUGAACCAGCCAGCCCUGGCCACCGCAGAUGAACAGCUCCUUAGCGACCUUGAAGAAGGGGAAACCGAAGAGAACAGGUUGAUCCCAGUGAGGGUGGGCCCCGUCCUGGCCCAGGACCCAGCCAGCUGCCUCCCACGUGGACACCCGCUCGCAGAAGAGGUUUUGUCUGGCGGCGAGGACGAAUCCAAUCCGGGCUCGGUCAGCAGAUUUGUAUGCAACAACAACAAGCGAGGCAGUACAGCUUUCGUUCAGCCUUCCCGGACCGGGGAAGGUCAGCUGCCCUGCGUGACUUCGAAGCCGUUGGGAAGUCGGCCCGGGCUGCCAGGACCUGCCACAGAACGUGAAGUUGAGUUUGCUGCCAAGGAAGAAGAAUCAGGGAGAGGAGACAGGCCCAUGAAUCCUAACUGUCGCCAACCAGCAGUGGCAGCUACUGGUGUCAGAAAGAGGGACCUUCCAAAGCACAGCCCAGGGCAGGAGGCAGCAGAAAGACCUGCGUGUGCUUUGCUUAUGAACCUCGAUACCGUAAAGGGGAUGGAUGGGCCGGUCGGAGAAAAUGAAAGCGCUGCCCUCUGUUCGGAGUCACAACACCCCAAAGGUGAUAUCUCCCAGACUGCCUCUACGGACACCCGCUUUCCAACAGGAAGCGCUGCCGUUUCUGAGAACUCAGACGUGUUAAGAGAUCCGGCGGCAUAUCCGAGUUCUGUGCAUUUUGCUUCUCCCGUUUCCGCAGAGCCCGGAGGAGCAGAGCGCCUGGAGAAGGGUGCUAAGCCUCUUCAGAUCGUCCUGGUGACACAGGCCCCACCGUUCCAGGAAAAGCCUCUCCUGUUUCACGGAUAUUCGGCUCCGGUUGUGAGGGACGUGGCACCUCCUGACCCGCUGUCGGAGAGGCACGGAGAAAGCGCGGUGGGGAAGGAGAGCAAGAGAGGAGAGAAUGCCGUCAACCUCAAAGAUGAGUCGGGAGCCAGCCGUUGUAAGGACGUAAGCAGUGGCGUCCUAGCCCAGUUGGGCAGCUCUCCCUGUGACAAUGUGGUGCAACGAUUUCCCGAACCGGAGGGAAGCAGAUGUCCAAGACCAACACACGCAACUGAUUCCAGAACCUUGGAUACUCACAGAGAACCUUCUGCAUCAGCAGGAAGGGCAGCAAGGAAGGAUAGCGAGGAACCACUCCGCCAUCCUGGCAUGGCUGUACCAUUUGAAGAGGAGCCUCAUACUAUAGUUCAAGGAGGGCAGAGAUCCGAUUUCUUUGGGGAGUCCAUUCCCCCUUGUUUGACACUAGAGGACUCUCCAGAAAGCGAUUUCACCGCCAUGACAUCGCCAGAGAUGUAUGACUAUUUUUUCUGUGAUGACCCCCUGGAAGAGGGAGGAAAGACGGGGGAGGGGAGAGGGGUCUCAGUCGCGGACCAGGAGCUGCCCGAAAUGUACGGGCCUGAAAUGUACGAAUAUUUUUUUAAUGAAGUCGUUGAGGUCCGGGGGAAAGGGGGUCGUGGGGACAAAGAUACAGCAUUGGAGACCUUCAGCUCUGACUGUCGUUUGGCUCCACCUGGUGGCACGGAGGACCUAGACUCCACUGCGACGGAUGACGCCAUGCACAUCUCUGUCCCGGAGGUGUACGAACACUUCUUUGCCAGCAGUGCAAAGGACAAAAGAAACUGGAGGGCGGUUUUCCUGAGCGUGCCAGCCUCAGAGGCAAAGAAGGCCGUCAGAGCGUUAAAAUCCCUCCUAUGCAGACCAGCACGCCAUUUCCAACCCAAGCCCACGGUCCAUGGGGCAAUGCUACGAAGGGGAUCCCAAGGGAGGUUGGUGCUCCUGGCUCCAAAUCUCCUGGACAAAAGCCAACCAAGACCGGAAGAGCUAAGAAUGGCUGUUAUGGAACCAGAAAAGCCGCUCCAGCCGGUUUUCACGCAGAGGGAUAUGUGCCUGGGCUUCAUGGCAUUUGCUUCGUGGGCCGUGAAGACCUCCGACCUGCAGGCUCCAGAUGCUUGGAAGAUUGUGCUGCUGGCAAAUUUUGGCACCUUUUCAGCCAUCCGCUACUUCAGGCGGCAGAUCAUCACGGAAGGACAGCACAGAACUUAAGAGGAAUCAACCCCAUCCCACCCAAUGGGUCAUCAAGGACGAUUUGGAAAGAGUACCAUGGUUUCUUU